CUAAAUCUACUUAAUGGAUGGUUCAAAAUCAGAUGCAAAGAAAUAAACUACGGAUUCCAAAUUUGGGAAAUAGAUAUCUCAACCCAACCAAAUCACCCUCACCCUGCUCCCACUGCACUGCCGCUCCCCACCCAACACCACCUUUGCGCUUCUCCACUGCUCCGACCACCCCCCAGGAUUGAUGCGGACGCGAGUUCAGAGGGUUGAGACAAACAAUAACAAGCAAUGCUGUCUCCAAUGGGAUUGAGAAGACCCCCAAAGCCCAAAUCUGGGCCCAGUUCCCCCAUCAUCUUCCUCGCCAUCUGCAUAGCCGCAAUUGCUCUCGUCUUCCUCUAUUCCUAUCUCAGUUCCACCAAUGCCUUCUCUUCUUCCUCCCUCAAAACCCUACAGACUGUCCCCAAUUUGAUCAACCACAGCCACGAGAAGUACCUCUACUGGGGUACCCGAAUCGACUGCCCCGGCAAGCACUGCCAGUCCUGUGAGGGCCUCGCCCACCAAGAGUCCAGCCUCCGCUGUGCUCUUGAAGAAGCCAUCUUCCUCCGCAGGACUUUUGUAAUGCCUUCCAGAAUGUGCAUCAAUCCAAUACACAAUAAGAAAGGGAUCUUUCAUCACUCGGAUAAUGCAAGUUCAGAAGAAAAUUGGGAUGCAAACUCUUGUUCCAUGGACUCUUUGUAUGAUAUGGACUUCAUAUCGAAGACUGUACCAGUAAUUUUAGACGAUUCAAAAAUGUGGUAUCAGGUGCUAACAACAAGCAUGAAGUUGGGAGAUAGAGGAGUUUCUCAUGUGGAACGAGUUAGUCGUGUUGAUCUCAAAAACAGUAGUUUCUCAAAUCUUUUGCUGAUAAACAGAACAGCAAGCCCUCUUUCAUGGUUUGCCGAGUGCAAGAAUCGAAACAACCAUAGUGCUUUAAUUUUGCCCUACUCCUUUCUCCCCUCGAGGGCAGCAAAGAAACUGAGGAAUGCAGCUGAGAAGAUUAAGGCAAUCCUUGGUGAUUAUGAUGCCAUUCAUGUUCGUCGUGGAGAUAGACUUAAGACCAGGAGGGACAGGAAUGGUGUUGAGAGGACCCUUUCACCUCAUCUGGACAGGGACACACGCCCUGAGUUUAUUCUCCGCAGAAUUAAAAAAUGGGUCCCACCUGGACGAACUCUUUACAUUGCUUCAAAUGAAAGGACACCAGGAUUCUUUUCACCUCUCUCAGUCAGAUACAAAUUGGCAUACUCAUCAAAUUAUAGCCACAUGUUGGAACCCUUGAUUGAGAAUAACUACCAAUUGUUCAUGAUUGAAAGGCUUAUCUGGAUGGGUGCUAAAACAUUCAUUAGCACAUUCAAAGAAGAUGAUACAGAUCUCCAUCUUACGGACGACCCCAAGAAGAACACCAAGAACUGGCAAAUACCAGUCUACACCAUGGAUGAAGAGGGAAGCUGAAAAUUUUGCUUAUGCAAUAGGUCCCAACGCACUUUUUAAUGGCAGUGCUCACUCUAGUUGUGCAAUACCAGCUGAGCUUCACAUGGCUUGCCACACAAGCUUCCUGUUGAAAUCAAUAUGGUGGGGGAAGAUUGCAGGCUCAAAAUAUUAUUGUCCUUACAAUCCAAUUCUAUCCCCUGUUUAUCUGUAUUUUGGAGGGGGCAACUCAGAGAAGCGUUGUAUAUGCUCUUGAUUUCCUGUGAUGUAAAUGAGGUAGCGAUCUCCGACUGUUCUUUACUGAACAUCUCCAAACUCCAGACAUUUUUGCACUAACUUGGACUUUAUACUAUAUGGUACAAAGAGAGCCUAGAGAGCUAGGCAUAGAUGCUCAAGUUUAUUUGUUUAUUAUUAUUUUUUUUUCUGGGGAUCUUUAUAGAUACCUCAUUUGUGUUUUGUGUAAUAUUGGAUCUUUGAUCCCGAUUUACAAAGGAAAA